UUGGAGAUUGCGGGGGAGGGCGCGUCGAGCGAGACGGAGACGUACGAGAAAAGAGUGGCGUUGAUGGACGAACUAGAGAUCGUUCGCGCGUGGGUCGAACGCGGAGGCGCGGUGGUGGCGAUGAGCGAGACGAUGUCGCCAAGAGAGCGGUAUUUGGUGCGCGCGUGCGUGGCGUGCGGGCAGGCGCACCUGUUUGACUUUCAAGACGACGACGACGCGGGAGAAGACGCGCUCGAGGGUCGAAUCGCGCGUUUGGUCGCGGUGUUGGGCAAAGUAGAAACGUUUUAUGACAUGCUCGGCGGUGUCGUGGGGUAUCAGUGCACGGCGCUGGAGCUUUGCUUGGAAUACGCCACGGGGGAGCCGGCGAUGUUGCACAGCGGGGCGGAUUGCUACGGCGUGGAUUGCUACGGCGUUCCGGGAGACGUGGAUUUUCACGUCCCCCCGGGCGUUGAUCUGAGAGCGAGCGAUGGUGCGUUCGCAGCCACGGCUGCGCGUUGGGGAUUGGAAGAGCUUCCGAACAUGGCGGAGAUUUAUCCGCUCGGCGGCGCCGGCGACAGGCUCGGGUUGGUGGACGCCGAAACCGGCGAGAGCUUGCCCGCAGCGCUCUUGCCGUACAACGGGCGGCCUCUCAUCGAAGGCCUCGUCCGCGAUUUGACCGCUCGAGAGUGGUUGUACUACAAAUUGACUGGUGAGCACCACAAAACACCGGUGGCGGUCAUGACGAGCGCCGCAAAGGGUAACCACAGACGGAUCACGGCUUUGCUCAAAGAGAACAACUGGUUCGGUAGAGGUGAGGAAAACUAUCGACUGUUCGAGCAACCACUCGUUCCAGUGAUCAGUAUGGAUGGCGGCCGUUGGGUGAGAGAAGGCUUCUCGCAAAUGGCGCUCAAGCCCGGGGGACACGGCGCCAUUUGGAAGCUCAUGCACGACGACGGCGUGUUUGAUUGGUUGGAGUCUCGCGACCGAACAGGCGGGAUCGUGCGCCAAAUAACGAAUCCGAUGGCGGGAACGGAUACCACACUUCUAUCCCUUUCAGGCGUCGGCAUUAAGGGCGACAAAGCGCUCGGAUUCGCGAGUUGCGAGAGACACGUGGGCGCCUCAGAAGGCGUCAACGUGCUCAUCGAAAAGAAGAAUGCUCUGACGGAUGAAUUUGUGUACGGCGUGUCCAACAUCGAGUACACCGAUCUCGAUCGACUGGGCGUGAGUGAUAAAGCGAACGGUGACGGCGGUACGGAAAGUGCGUAUCCCGCAAACACGAAUGUUUUGUACGUUGGAUUGAAGCACAUACGGGACGCGCUCGUCGGUUCGUCUCGCGCGGCGUUUCCGGGCAUGUUGAUAAACCUCACGAAACCGGUGCUGGCGAACGGCACUAAAGGUGGUCGCCUCGAGUGCUCGAUGCAAAACAUCGCGGACGCGCUCAUGCGCCGAUCGAGCCAUCGACUUGGUCCGGAAGAUUUCGAUAAUUUGCCAACGUUUGUCCUGUACACGCUUCGCCGACGCAUCACCAGUAGCGCGAAGAAGAAGCGAGCACCGGAAUCGAUGAAUCUCGCGCAAACCCCCGAUGGCUCAUUUUUGGAUUUACUUCGCAACGCGAGCGAUCUGCUGAAGCGUUGUAACGUCGCCCACCCACCGCCGGACGAUCAACCCUUGGAGGAGUACUUGAGCGACGGACCAGAGUUCAUCUACAGCGCCCUUCCUAGCAUCGGCCCGCUUUGGGAUGUCGUAGAGCAAAAAAUUCAAGGCGGCGAAAUCAAGAAAGGCUCAGAAGUGCGCUUAGAGAUCGCGGAGAUUGAAUGGCGUGACGUUUCUGUGCAAGGAUCACUCUUCGUCGAGUCGUCCUCGCCGUUUGGUACUACUUCAGCCGAGAGCGUGUGCUUUGACGAAUCCGCGUGCGGCCGUUGUCGAUUGAACAACGUCGUCGUCUCAAACGCUGGAAUCGAUUGGAGCGAAGCGUCAAACGUAUACUGGAGUAACUUCAUCACGCGCCGCGAGCGUUGCUCCAUCGUCGUCGAAGGCAACGGUGAAUUCGACGCCAAAGACGUCGCUCUCGAAGGCGACGUGCGUUACGUCGUUCCGACCGGUAAGCGACUGAUGUUGCGACCGGACGGCGCGGGUGGCGUUCAAGAAACAUGGAGCGAUAUUUCGAUGCCAUCAUGGCGCUGGAAGUAUACGUUCGGUGACGACGACCGCGUCAACGUCGUCAUGGAAGAACUGAGUUGA